AUGCAGAAGGAGGUUGACGGAUAUUUGGUCCGACCUCUGCCGAUGCCAACAUUGGCACGCAAGAUUGGCCGGACCGCUCUGUCAGUGAUUGGCGGCGAGCUCCCCGUCACUGUGCAGGAACUUGCCAAACGGGCCUACCUAUACACGCUGGAUCCGCUGCGAAAUCCUGUGAAGGAGGUUUACGAUGCUUCAAGCUCCGUCGCGGAGAUGCCACCCAUGCUCGGCAUAUUCAACGAUAUUCCCACCCAUAAGAUGCGCGAAGAUGAGGUCACAGCCUGGGCUCGUGCCGGGUUUUCGUUCAUUGUAUCGGAUGCAGAGCAUCGGCAGAUAUCCGGUUGGCAGGGUCGAGAGGAGAAUGCGAUGAUCGCAAGAGCUGGCAUGCUCCCUGUGCAGAGACUUCACAGGGAGGCAGUGUCUCAGCAUGGUGAUGCGCUGCAGCUGGGGGCGCGUGCUACCAUGCGGCCUUAUGCUACAAAGCUCUUUGAGGCAGAGCAGUAUUUCGACAGCAUCACCUUUCCUCCUGGCCGGCCCGGUACAGCCAGUAAGGACUCAAGGGGCGGAUACCCGACCAGACUUGGCGAUCGUACUCUUUGCUUUACUCCUGACAGUCUCCGAGCCUCGGAAAGCGAAACACAGGGAUGGCUGCAAUUCGAGACGAGCGAGUACAUCCUCAAUGCCGAGAUUCGUGACUCUGUUCUCGACCUGAUGUGUCGGCAAGGUCCAGGAAGAGCCGUUGGCUUCGUUGGACCCUUCGAUGCCGUCAUGCGUGACGGCAUUCAUCCGAGUAUGUCGUCUGGCAUGAAUCAGCUCUUUCAAGAGGCAGCCAAACGAGGUGUCGUGAUGGGACGAGUGUGUGGGUCUGGUGUUAUCUCAGAUCCAAGCGACAUCGAGGAUGCCAUUGUAGAGGCCAUUCAACAGGGGAGCUCAUUUCAGUACACCGCUUCACCUCCGACCUGCCCUUCUUUGGAGCACGUGCAGUGGCCGAACCAUUCUGGCGCUGCAGAUUUGCAUGGCUUCAUGAUUGCAAAUGCUUCGCGUCGUCGGCCUCGGUCCGUGGAAGUGGUCAUCUCCACAUCAGCGGGUGGGCCUCCGGAAGGGGGCUCUUCGUACACUGGAGGAGGAUCUCGUGAAGCUAUCACUGUCAAGGACAGCUUCCAGCACCAGCGCUACCUGGUCUUGGUCACCGACAAAUGGACCUUGCCCUUGCUCGAAAGGGUCUGCCACAUUGAUGAUUUGCUGAAAGAGCGGAUAGCCCUCGUCGAGUCCCUGGAUGCGCCACGCGAGGCCCUGCCUUUGGAUGCAGUGUACUUCUUGGCGCCCAGCUUGGAGAACAUGGACCGCUUGGUGGAGGAGCUUUCCGCCAAAUCUGCGAAGUAUCGAAGCUCCCAUAUCUUCUUUUCCCAUCGCCUCGAGGAUCUAAUGCUGCAAAGAUUGGCAGAGUCCCUCGAGGCCGUGUCCAAAAUUUCCACGUUUUCGGAGCUCAACCUCAGCAUGCUGGCCUACGAUGACCACUCAUUUCACAUGCAGGACCAUGGUGACAGCUUGAAGGGCCUGCUGGGCAUCUCUUCGCAAGAGGCUUUCGACUGGAAGCGAGCUGGAUGCUGUCUGGCCACGCUCUUCGCGACGCUGGGGCAGGAGCCGAGGGUGCUCUGUGCAACGCCCGGCGGAAACGAGGGCCACUGUGAGCGUCUUGCACGAGAGGUUUGCAUCAGGCUGGAGGAAAUGGAGGCUAGGGGGGGUGCACCCUGGAGGAGCCGUGCAUCCUCGGAGACCUGUUCCCUUCUGAUCGUGGAUCGUUCUGUGGACUGGGUGCCAUUGCUUUUGCAUGACUUGGGCUACGAGGCAUUGCUAUUUGACCUACUUGGUGGUCAAGGUGCAUCCUUGGCGGACAGCCGCUUCACCUUCACAGACAGGAGCGAUGGCGCUGUGAGGCGUGUCGUUCUGGGGGAGGAGACGGAUGAGCUCUGGAACACCUACCGUCACAUGGCCACCUAUGCCGUGAAUGACAAAGUCGUCCAGGAAGUGAAAGACUGGAGCCGGAAGGAGAACAGCAUGAGACUUGCGAGAGUCACAGCCUCCACGUCGAGUGCAAGUUCAUCCUCCACCCAAAAGAUGGUCUCCUCGACCCUCAGCACUGUUCAAUCCCUGCCAGAGCACAAGGACCGGUUCCGUAAGCUGGAAAUCCACAGCGAGAUCUGUGCACGGCUACAGAACAUCGUCGCUUCAAAGCGGCUGAUCGAACUGGCCACGCUGGAGCAGGACAUGGCAACUGGAGUUUCCAGAAGUGGGGUGCCGUUGAACCCGAAGUCCAUCGAGAGAGACCUGCUGUCAUUUCUUCAGGAUCCAACGCAGGACACCAGCACCAAGCUUCGCCUUCUCAUGCUUUGUGAGGCGACCAAAGUGCUCGAGACAGGUCCAGGACCUGGGCAACGUCUUGGUGUUGCGGAGCUCGCAGCACCCUUCCUGCCCGCGGAGGACCUGCGCAGGUUGCAGAAGUUCAUCGAGGUUGUACGCCGCUAUCGGAGCCAGCAUGCUGAGCGAAGGCGCUGGCCCCGCCAGCGACCCGAAGCUGAGCCGGGUGCAGGUGCCGAGCCAGUGAGCCCUCGCAAGGCUCGCCUCUGCCGUUGGCAGCCCAAAAUUGCUUCGAUGUUCAACGAUGCGGCUGGAACAACACAGUCAUCUCAAGUGCGCUGCCUGAGGGGCGAUCCCUCAGCAGGACGCACUCCCGGUAGCUCCGUCGCCAUCUUUGUCAUCGGCGGCAUUACGCUCCCUGAGAUCCGUGCGGCCCACGAGGCUGCAGCUGCACCCCCGCUGGGCCUACGAGCCUACAUCGGCGGAAGUUGCCUGCUGACUCCGAACUCGCUUCUGGAAGCAUGUGAGGCUUUCUGA